AUGGAGGAUGGCGAGGCCCCGGCGGCUUCCAUGGACGACUUCCCCGAGGGCAUGAAGGUCAAUACGUCUAACGCGGGCGGGGAGGUCUCCAUGUCCCUGGAGGAGACCAACCGAGUCCGCGAGAAGCUGGGAUUGAAGCCCCUCCGCACGGGCGAGAGUGAUCGGACCAAGGCGCGUCGCGAGGCCGAGGAGACGGAACGCGCGGCGCGGGAGGCGGACGCCAAGGAUGCGGAAACCGCCGCGCUCGCCGCCAAGAUAGCCGCGGCCAAGGAGAAGCGGACCAUGGAGCAGCGCAACCGCGCCACCAAGCAACUCGGCGAGGCGGCGGACGCCGACGACGACGACAUGAUGGCUUGGGUGAACAAGAGCCGCAAGAUCGAGGAGAAGCGGCGCAAGGAGGAACGCAAAAAGGCGGAGGAGCUCGCGCGGAAGCUCGCGGAGCAGGACGACGAGGCGGAGGAGUCGGAGGGCGACGAGAUCUACGGCGGCAAGGACCUCGCGGGCAUGAGGGUUCGUCACGGCCUGGAAGACGUCGCCGAGGGCGAGACCAUGAUCUUAACCCUGAAGGACUCGUCCAUCCUCGACGAUAAGCUCCAGGGGAUCAACGAAGAGGACGACGAGCUCGAGAACGUCAACGUGGCCCAGGAGCGCAAGCGGCAGAAGGCGAAAAAGGCUGCGACGAAGCGAAGCGACAACCCUUUUGGCGCCGACGACGAGGACGCCGGCAAGAAGAUACUCUCAAAGUACGACGAGGAGGACGAGGACGAGGGUCUCACUCUGGACGCGGCGGGCGCGAUCGACGCCGCGGAGGAGAAGAGGAAAGCCGACAUCAAGCGCAGGCUCGCCGCCUCGCUCGGCGGCGUUUCCGUCAACGCCGUGGCUGAGACGGCUGACGUGCGGAAGAGGGAGAUGUCAGAGUUCAUGUCCGCGGCGGAGGUUGCCGAGGAGGCGGCGGCCAAGUUUAACAAACCAAAGAAGAAGCGACGGAAGAAGCUGCGGGAGAAGAAGUUUGACAUCUCCGAGAUUGAGAACGACCACCUCGCGCAGGCGGCGCAGGAGAAGCAGGAGGCAGCCGCCGAGCCCGAAAGGGCCCGAGGCCGUUUCCGGAAUGACGCGGGGGAGGAGGAGAGGAAACUGAUGGGGUUUCAGAACGCGCUCAACAAGGCCAAGAUCAAGACGGACGAGCGCAUCCUCGCCGAGAUGGCCGGCGACGUCGAAGACGAGGACACGGAGCUCGCGAUGGCGCUCGAGCGGACCAAGCGGCUCGCGGAGAGGGGCGUUGGGGCUCGAAGCGACGUCGACGUCGCGAGGGUGGCGGCGGCUCGGCGGGCGACGGAUGCGCCGGAUGUUGGGGAGCGAGGCGCGAGCGGCGAGGGCAUGGUGUUCAACGACGUGCAAGAGUUCGUUCACGGGAUCAACGUGGAGGACAAGAGGGCGACGAGGAGCGAGGCGGCCGCCGCGGGCGACAUGCCCCCGGUUCCGCCCCCGCCACCCGGCUCGGGCGACAUGCCGCCCGUUCCUCCCCCGCCGCCCGGCUCGGAUGUCGACGGCAUGCCGCCCGUUCCUCCCCCGCCGCCCUCGGGGGUUGGCGCCGAGGAGGAACAUGAGGAUGACGAGGUGAACCCCUUGGACGGCGUGCAGGCCAACCCCAUGGGAAGCGGUUUGGCGGCCACUCUGGCCCUGCUGAAGGAGACCGGUAAGCUGCACGAGAACGACAUGUGGGACGGGCGCACCAACGACAAGAAACCCCUGGCGCUCAUGCGCGUGAGGGAAGCGGCGGAAAUCACCGGCGCAGAGUUUGAGGGCCACAAGUUCGACUUCAAGCUGGACAGGUACGACGAGUUUGGGCGCAAGAUGACCCCGAAGGAGGCGUUCCGCGAGCUGUGCCACAGGUUCCACGGCAUCGAACCCGGCCGAGCCAAGAAGGAGAAACGGCUGAGGGCGUAUCAGGAGGAGGUCAAGGCGAAGAAGAUGCGGGAGGGCGAGUCGGUGACCGGGUCCGUGGAUAAGAUGAAGAUGGCGCAAAAGGCAACCGCGGCGCCGUACGUGGUUUUAUCGGGCAAGAUCCACGCCGGUCAGAUCUCGGACGCGGUGAGCAAGUACGCCACAGCCGGGCUGGAGGAUGACGCCGGCAAGGAGACGGGUAAGGCCUCGCCCGCACCCGGCGGCGCCAAGCGGGGCGGUGGUGGUGGUGACGGCGGCGGCGGGAACGCGAUGGACCCGACCACGCUGCCGAUGCUCACCGGUGCGGAGAAGGUCAAGUUCAUGAUGUCGAAGAAGUAA